AUGACAAUGUCUUUAAAUCAAACCAACAUCAGAGACAUCUGGUACACCAUGACUGGGAUCCCAGGACUGGAAGAGGCACACAUAUGGAUUUCCAUCCCCAUUUGUUUCAUGUACCUAGUGGCUAUUCUGGGCAACACUCUCUUGUUAUUCCUGAUCUUCACGGAGCGCAGUCUUCAUGAACCUAUGUACCUCUUCCUCUCCAUGUUGGCCCUGGCAGAUAUCUUGCUCUCCACAGUUACCACACCAAAGAUGCUAGCAAUCUUCUGGUUCCAAGCUGGGGGUAUUUCCUUUGGUAACUGUGUGUCUCAGAUGUUUUUCCUUCACUUCAUCUUUGUGGCAGAGUCGGCUAUAUUGUUGGCCAUGGCAUUUGACCGUUUUGUGGCCAUCUGUCAUCCACUAAGAUACUCGACCAUUCUAACACCCUCCGUCAUUGGAAAAAUGGGUGCUGCAGCAGUAACUAGGAGUUUCUUCAUCUGCUUCCCCUUGGUUUUUCUGGUAUAUCGGCUCCAUUACUGUGGAAAGAACAUUAUUCGUCAUUCAUACUGUGAACAUAUGGGCAUUGCUAGAUUGGCCUGUGAUAGCAUCAAAGUGAACAUCUACUAUGGGGUGAUUGUGGCCCUGUUUUCCACAUGCCUAGAUGUGGUACUAAUCAUCAUCUCCUAUGCUCUUAUACUUUGUACUGUGUUUAGAAUCCCUUCCUGGGAUGCCCGACUCAAGGCUCUGGGUACUUGUGGUUCCCAUGUCUGUGUCAUCCUCUUGUUCUAUACACCAGCUUUUUUUUCCUUCUUUGCUCACCGGUUUGGGGGACACAGCAUACCCCUGCAUGUGCAUAUCCUCCUUGCUAAUCUUUAUGUAGUGGUACCACCCACCCUGAACCCCAUCAUCUAUGGAGUUAAGACCAAGCAAAUCCAGGACAGAGUUAUUCAGAUCUUUUAUUUGAACAAGACACUUUGUUAA